AUAUUAUAGUGUGGCAGGCUGCAGGCGCUUUUAAUCUGAAGACAAAGACACAUAUGAACAUAUGAAUAUGAGAGAGAGAGAGAGAGAGAGAGAGAGAGAGAACAUGGGGUGUUGUGGGAGGGCCCUCAAGGGAGGAAGGGAGAGACAAAGGAGAGAGAAAGGGGAGGGAGGUGGGGGCCACCACACCGCCCAUGCGCACGCUGUCUUACCAGAACCAAACCCAUCAUCGAUCCGAUACCUUAGACCUAACCCUAACCCAACAACGCCACACCCAAAAAGCCAAUACUAAAAAAGAGACCCACAACACCCCUCCUCCUUCCUCCUUCAUUCUCUCAUUCAUUCAUAUCCCCCUCCCUCCUACCCAAUCCCAAGCUCCACCCCUUCUCUCUCUCUCUCUCUCUCUCUCUCUUUCUCUCUCUCUUUUUACUAGAUUCAUUUCUAAUUCGCCCAAACUUUCAACCAAAACCAACAACUUUUAAUCUCACUUUUCAUUUUCAUGGUUCACACACUAGGACAAUUAUUACUUCUCCACAACUUAAUUAUUCUUCGAGGUUGAUGAGGUUGGGAUAUUGGGAGAACGAUGGUCGAUUCAGCUGAAAAUUUGGUGGGUUUGCUAACAAAGAAGCCUUUACCCCUUUUUCUGUUCCCCUUUUUCUUAGGUGAAAUUAGCAGCUUUUGAUUCAUCACAGUACCCCCCUCAAAAAAAAAAAAAAAAAAAAAAAAAAAGAAGAAAAACCAACGAAGAAAAAUAAGGCCCAGAAGCAGCAUAAGCAUACCUGAAGAGAGUACUCUUUCUUUUCCUCUCCUUAGCUCUUUCAAUUAGCUUAGAUUUUUUAGCUAUUAAUCGGGGUUCGAGGUCUGAGGAAGACAAAAAGACAUGGAUCCAGUUGCUGCUGCACACGGGCGUCCACUUCCACCUCCAUUUCUUUCAAGAGAUCUCCAUCUCCACCCUCACAAUCCAUUCCAACACCAUCCACAACAACAGCAGCAGCAAAAUUCCGAAGACGAACAGAACAGCGGCUUAAACCGUGGCCAAAAACGCGAUCGUGACGAAAACACCUCGGCCACCACCACAACCACCAACACCAUUGAAGGAGGCAAAGAAUUCGGGGGAGAAACAGAGUUCAAUAGAAGGCCGCGAGGAAGACCCGCAGGUUCCAAGAACAAACCCAAACCACCCAUCAUCAUCACACGCGACAGUGCGAACGCUCUCCGAUCCCACGUGAUGGAAAUCGCCAACACCUGCGAUAUCAUGGAGUGCGUCUCCAACUUCGCCAGGCGUCGUCAGAGAGGGGUUUGCAUUCUAAGUGGAACCGGAACCGUCACCAAUGUCACUCUUAGACAACCAGCCUCUCCCGGGGCCGUGGUCACUUUACAUGGCAGAUUCGAAAUUCUCUCUCUUUCGGGUUCUUUUCUACCUCCUCCGGCUCCACCUGCAGCAUCGGGAUUGACCAUAUACUUGGCCGGUGGACAAGGCCAGGUGGUCGGUGGAAGCGUGGUGGGCCCGCUUCUGGCAUCGGGUCCGGUGGUGAUUAUGGCUGCAUCUUUUGGUAAUGCAGCAUAUGAAAGGCUUCCUCUUGAAGAAGACGAUGCUCAGGUUCCGGUGCCGGGGAGCGGAGGUCUUGGAUCUCCUGGAAUCUGUGGAGGACAACAACAGCAGCAGCAGCAGCAGCAGCAGCAACAACAGCCUCAGCAGCAGCCGCAGCAGCAGCAACAGCUGAUGCAAGAUCCUAAUCCAUAUGGGAUGCAACAGAAUCUGUUGAGUCAAUUGCCAGCUGAGGCCGCCUAUUGGGGCACAGCUCGACCUCCUUAUUGAUGGAGAAGAAAAAAAAAUUUAAAGACUGUGUUUUCAGUUUUUUUUUUUUUUUUUUUUCUUCCUUUGUUUGUCAGCUUUCAUUCUUCUUCUUCAUUUCUUCUCUUUUUUUUUUUUUUUAUUACAAAGUUUUUUUUUUUAGUUAUGUUUAAUUAAUUGGAGAUGUUAAUCACGGUAUUCAACCAUCUUUUGAAGAAGAAUGUGUACAAAAUUAUGAGUUUUU